GAGGGACUACCACGUGUUUCUUCAGCGUGUGGUUUGUUGCUGUUUAGCACCUAGCUUGAAGCUAACUCAAUCAUUACUGUUGUUUUUUUCACCCUUUAUAUUAAAAAGAUGAGUCCUCUGUGUGACUGCUGCGGUGAGCACGUUAAUAAACUGAACCAGCAAAUAACAGUGAUGAGAAAAGAGAUCAAGAACUUGAGGCAGAUGUUGGACAGUGCAGUUAGAGCUCAUCGUAAACACAUGAUAUCCAUUCAGUCUGCUGUGGCAAAUAUUGGACUCAGUGAGCCUGAUAAAGACCAGACAUCACAACCACUGCCUUCAGCAGCAGCAUCACCACAUGCAUUAGAGCAAGGAAACAUCCAGACUGUCCCUAUUGGUUACAUCAGUUCCUGUUUUUCUGUAAAGAAUGGUACACCCAGACAGCCCACCAUCUGUGGCCCCUCAAGAGCCGAACUACGCAUCCAACAGAGCGUCUUCAAUAACCCGGAGCACGCUCUGGUGGGCCUGGAGCAGUACUCCCAUGUCUGGAUCAUCUUUCUCUUUCACAAAAAUGGGCACUUGAGUUACAAAGCCAAAGUGAAGCCUCCCAGACUGAACGGUCAGAAAGUUGGGGUGUACUCGACACGCAGUCCCCACCGACCAAAUGCCUUGGGCCUAACUCUAGCUAGACUUGAUAAAAUUGACGGUGACACCGUACAUCUGUCAGAAAUUGACAUGAUUGCUGGAACCCCGGUCCUUGAUAUCAAACCUUACAUCCCAGACUACGACUCCCCCGACUCAAGGCUGGACAAAGAGCAUUGUGAUCCAACCACAGACCAAAAAACAGAUGCUCAUUCAGACCUAACAAGUGAAAGAAAUGACGACGAAGCCUUGGGAAGUCUCCACACCCGAGAUAGAUCUGAAGCUGGUAUUCCUGUUGGAGAUUCCUCUCAGUCAGUCAGUUCUCAGGUUUCCCUUCACAAAAACAUCCACCAUGUGCUAGAUGAGGUCAGGGCUUAUGUGACCCAAGGGGAACUCUGCCAGCUGAGUUGUGCAAGUGAGGAUCAAGUUUCAGACUCUCCCAAAACUGAAGCGCCAGAGUCGACGGUGGAACACCCCUGCUAUGGAGAGGAAGCCUACAGUACCAUCGCUGGCUGGAUCAGAGAGCCUCCUGUCAGCAGUCUGCAGGUGCGCUUCACUCCUCAGGCUCAGGAAGAGUUAGCCCACUUCAUUCCCACACACCUGUCAGAAAGCGACAGACCCAGGUUCAAGUUUCUUCGCAGUACAGAGGAGGCUGCUGCCGCCAUCAGAGGCGUUCUUUCUGCAGACCCGCGGUCCGUCUACAGAAGGACACGCUGCAGAGACAGACUCUUCUUCUUCACCCUGGACUCAGCUGACAUCACCUGCUGGUUCGGACAAGGCUUUGCUGAGGUGCUGCAGGUCCGACCUCUUGAGCAAAAAGUUGUCUCAGUGUGAAAAACCCUAUGAUGAAAGCUUUGUUGCUUGAAAGACUCAAAACAGCGCUUUAGACAUUUCCAGGUCAUUUCUCUACUGACAAAUAUGUAUGUGGUAAGACCUUUAAAUCAGACACAUGAAAAGCCUGGAAACAUUCAGUUACAUAGUUGAUUCAAUAAAAUAUUUUUGAAAAAG